UCUAACUUUACAAGCAGAGCAGCUCUAAACCCCGUUGUCCAGACUCCAGACUCUGUAGCGACGAGACAGCUGAACUUUCUAGCUUUGACGAUGGAGGCGGCACCAUUUGCUUCUUCUUCUUCAGCUCCGUUUUUACCUUCAUACCCUGUAACAGCUCGAUCUUUAACGUCCUCUUCAUCUCUCUUAUUUCGUCGCAGUAAUUUCGGCAGAAGUUAUUGUAAUUACUAUGCCGCCAAAUUUAAAUCUCCUAGAAACUUAUCGAUCAGAGCCUCUGGAGACUCUGUUGUGACUUUGCUUGAUUAUGGUGCUGGAAAUGUUCGUAGCGUGAGGAAUGCGAUUCGCUAUCUGGGCUUUGAUAUUAAAGAUGUACAAACUCCAGAGGACAUUUUAAAGGCAGAUCGGCUUAUUUUUCCGGGCGUUGGAGCAUUUGCCGCGGCCAUGGAUGUUCUGAACAAAAGAGGGAUGGCUGAAGCACUAUGUACCUAUAUUGAGAAGGAUCGCCCAUUUUUGGGCAUUUGUCUUGGACUUCAGUUACUUUUUGAGUCCAGUGAGGAGAAUGGACCUGUAAAUGGCCUUGGCUUAAUACCGGGUGUGGUUGGGCGUUUUGACUCAUCAAAUGGUUACAGAGUACCCCAUAUUGGCUGGAAUGCUUUGCAGAUCAAAACAGACUCUGAAAUCUUGGAUGAUAUUGGAAACCGCCAUGUCUACUUUGUUCAUUCUUACCGUGCCAUGCCAUCAGAUGCUAACAAAGAGUGGGUAUCAUCUACCUGCAACUAUGGUGUCGAUUUUAUAGCAUCUGUUAGAAGAGGAAAUGUGCAUGCAGUUCAGUUCCACCCGGAAAAGAGUGGAGAUGUUGGUCUUUCAAUAUUGAGAAGAUUCUUGUAUCCUAAGUCAACCAUAACGACGAAGCCUAAUGAAGGGAAAGCUUCAAAACUUGCAAAAAGGGUAAUUGCCUGCCUUGAUGUGAGGACAAAUGAUAAAGGGGAUCUUGUUGUAACCAAAGGGGACCAAUAUGACGUGAGAGAGCAUACAAAAGAGAAUGAGGUGAGAAACCUUGGCAAACCAGUUGAGCUUGCUGGACAGUAUUACAAAGAUGGGGCUGAUGAGGUAACUUUUUUGAACAUUACCGGUUUCAGAGACUUCCCUCUAGGUGAUUUGCCAAUGCUGCAGGUAUUGAGAUACACUUCAGAAAAUGUUUUUGUACCGUUAACUGUUGGAGGUGGCAUUAGAGAUUUCACAGAUGCAAACGGCAGGCACUAUACUAGUUUGGAAGUUGCUUCAGAAUAUUUCAGAUCUGGGGCUGAUAAAAUUUCCAUUGGAAGUGAUGCUGUAUACGCUGCGGAAGAAUAUCUAAGAACUGGAGUAAAGACUGGAAAGAGUAGCUUAGAGCAGAUAUCUAGGGUUUAUGGAAAUCAGGCAGUAGUUGUAAGUAUUGAUCCUCGUAGGGUGUACCUCAAGAAUCCCAAUGAUGUGGAGUUCAAGGCUGUAAGGUUGACAAAGUCAGGUCCAAAUGGAGAAGAGUAUGCCUGGUAUCAGUGUACGGUGAACGGUGGGCGAGAAGGUCGACCGAUUGGAGCUUAUGAACUUGCCAAAGCAGUUGAAGAGCUGGGAGCUGGAGAAAUACUACUAAACUGCAUUGAUUGUGAUGGUCAAGGGAAAGGUUUUGAUAUAGAUCUAAUAAAGUUGAUCUCAGAUGCUGUGAGCAUCCCUGUGAUUGCAAGUAGUGGUGCUGGUGCGACUGAUCACUUCUCAGAGGUGUUCAUGAAAACAAGUGCAUCUGCUGCCCUUGCUGCUGGCAUCUUCCAUAGGAAGGAGGUGCCUCUACGGUCUGUUAAAGAGCAUUUGUCGAAGGAAGGCAUAGAGGUCAGAAUCUAAUCCAAUCUUUGAGAAGAGUUUUCUGCCUAAACGAGAUGGGACUUUGAGGUUAUAAUUGGCCAUGUUUUAUAUUCAUCCUCAAUAAUUAAGUUAUCGCGGACCAAUCAAUGCAGUAGUUUGAAGAUUUUUGCUUCUGUAAUCUUCAGUAUGAUUUAAAAAUAUUAGUUGCCAAAGGUUCCUUUCAUUACACAA